AAAAGAAAUUCAGGAUCUUGUUCUUAAAGCGUUGUCUCUUUAUUUUCAAGACCAAUAGUUAAUUUGUAAGUAUAUCCUUAUUGUAAAUGUAACGGAAAUAUAGUUUUUUUCCUUGCAUCUAAAAAUGACGUUAAAUAAUAGUAAUUUUGAGGUGUUAAUUCGGAAAAAGCGUAGGAUGAAUAAAUUAAACAAGGAAGACCAUUGCGCUAGGUUAGGGACCAUAUCGGAAGUAGCAACAGUCACCGCCGGAUGGUUUGGAUUUUUUUCAGGAAUCUUCAGUUUGAUUACUCCCUUAAAUGUCAUAAUGGUGGGUGUCUUGGCUGUAUCUGGCGUAAUGAAAGGUCUCAGCGACGUAAAGAGUGCUGCAAUAGGCUGUCCCGAUCCUGAUAAAAAUAAAUACAAACACUCAUUACAGGGCAAGAUUAACGAAAACAAUCGAAGAAUAGAUAGAAAAUCAGAAAUGUUGGGAAGAGUUUCAAAACAAAUAAGCGAAUUGUUGUUGCUUGCGGAAAAAACAAGAAAAGAAAUGAAAGAAGGCUUUGACCGAGUAAUUAAAACGUUCAAAAAACAGAAAUUUGUAGAUUUAAUUAUAAAUGUAAAUCAAAUUAGUGAUUUAGUUGAAUUGAAACGUCAAACGUGGAUGCGAAUUCAUGACGAUAAUUAUGUCUUCUUUAUAGAAGAGCUGAAUAAUCGCAAUGAGUUAUAUAAUUUGGUUUCAGUAACUAAUUCAGAUGAGCACACUUUGUACAAUUCUUUAUUAUUUAUCACAGAUCCAGAACAUGGUAUUUUCCAUCACAUUGAUCGUGCGAAUGCCUUCGAUUCUCUCUUAACUGUAGCUUAUGGAAUUCAAAUAUAUAUCGAAAUCGUCCUUGCGUUAUUAGAUCAAAACUUAUUUUUGGCCAUUUAUUAUCACAGUCGUAACGAUUUCUUAAGAUUUAAUUUUUAUUUCAACCGUUUUAAGGCACAUUACCUAGAUUUCACAAAUACUCUCUUUUCUCAGGAAGAAUCACUGUACAAUAGAGUAUUGCCCAUUUUAAAAAACGUUGUGUUUUCUAGAUACAUGAAAGAAGAACAGUACGAAAACAUUAAGAAUGAGACUGAAAAAUUAAAAUUAUUCGAAAAAAGUUUUUAUGAUAUGGAGAAACUCAUAAUAUCUGAUUCUCCUGUAAAUAAUGUAAUAAUCCGAUUCCCGGAGAAUACAGCAAAUAAUGCCUGCAUUGCAACUCCAUUUUUAAAUUGGAUUCCGGGAUAUAAAGUAAGCUACGCCUUUCAAUACGAAAAUAAUGGUACAUUUUCAUCAGUUAGUGAUUGGAGUGAGCCGAUGCAAAUUACUAAUUGUGCUAGUCCACUGAUAAAAGUAGACUCAAGAAAAUACCGAAGAUUUGUUUACAGAAAAUUGAUCGGUGGACCAGAGGAAGCAAAACCACAAUUAGUUAAAAUUUUAGAAACUUCAGAUAGAAACUUUAGAGACAUCGAUAGAAACUUUUACAACUUGGCAAAAAGUGACACCAUUAGCGAAGAGGCUGGGCUAGGGGCUUUAAAAAUUUUACACGAAGCUGGAGCAAACAUUUCAGCAAUAUAUGAAGGAAAAAGAGUAGCUAGUCACGCUGCAGCAAAAUAUUUAAGUACAAAUACUAUUUUAAGACAUAUUUUGGAAACUAAUGCUUCCUUGGUUCAUGCAAAAGACCGAGAGGAAAACACUCCUUUACAUCUUGCUUGCGAAUACAACAGAAUUCGCAACGUCAAGCUAUUAAUUCGAAAGGGAGCAGAUGUUAACGCUAAAAAUAACAGAGGAAUAACUCCUUUGCAUUUUGCUGUCAGUCGACAGUUUACGAAUAUUGUAGAGGAAUUAUUGAAAAAUUCUAAAAUUGAUGUAAAUGCGCCUAAUAACGGUAAUUACACUCCUUUACACUUUUCAAUUUUAAGCGACAUUCCUCAAAUGGAUAUCAUUGAAAACCUGUUGUCAAAAAAUGAAAUUAAUCAAAAUGUUGUAGAUGAGUUCGAAUAUACUCCAUUGAACCUGGCAGUCAUUCGAAAUUUAACUUCUGUCGUGAAAAAGCUGCUAGGUAAAUUUGACACAGAUUUAAAUAUAAAAAAUAAAUACGGUUUGACUCCCAUACAUUAUGCUGCAAAGGAAGGAUAUUUGGAUCUAGUUAACAUCUUACUUUCAAAUCUCACUAGAAUAGAUGUCUUCGUUAAAGACGAGAAAGGUUGGACGGCUUUACACUAUGCUGUCCAUUUUAACCAUAUUGAUGUUGUAAGACAGUUAGUAACAGUGAAUUCUGCUCUUAUUAAUGAUGGUGAUAAUAAUGCAGUUACUCCUGUUCAUGUUGCAGCUGCUAGAGAAAAAUAUGACAUAUUGCAAUUUUUGAUAGAAAGAGGGGCUCUACUGGAAAGUAAAACAUUGAAGGAAAACUAUACACCACUCCACCUUUCAGUAAUGCACAAUGAUACAAGCGUUACGAAUAUUCUGUUAAAUGAAGGAGUUGCUAUUGAAAGCAGAACUGUCAAUGGAUCGACGCCUUUACAUUUGGCGGCAUAUUACGGAAGAAUAGAAAAUUUUAAGCUGCUUCAGAAUAAUGGCUCCAGUUUAAGUUCUACUGAUAAUGAUGGUAAUUUGCCUUUUCAUAGAGCUAUUAGCGGUGGGAGUGUUGAAAUCGUAAAACAUAUAUUAACCGAUCAUCCUCAAUUUAUAAAUACCAGGAACUACUAUAAUUUCACACCUCUUUAUUUUUCAAUAGAAAAGAUUGAUGUUUACGGGACCGAUAUAUACGAUUAUAUUAAAGAAAAAGAGGGGGGAUCGAAUUUCACCGAUUCGUCAGGCACAUCGUUUUUAACUCUUUUUGCUAAGCAAAACAAUUUAGCUGCUCUUGAUUUUCUCAUAGACGAAGGCGCCUACAAUGAUACAGCAAUGGAUGGCUCAUUUCUUUACCACUUUAUUGAUAAGGAUGACCUAGGCGCGUUUAGAUACAUUCUUGAAAAAAACGUUAUUGAUCUUGAUAGGGAGAGAUCAGCCGAAAAGACUGCGAGGGAUAGAUUCAUGUGUCGUGCAAAGUUAUACAAGCAUUUAGACAUAGUAGAUUAUCUGAAAAAAGACAAAAUCGAUCUAGCUUGGUGUGAUCUUGAUCCCUUGUACAAAGCAGUUUCCAAAAACAAUAUUACAAAACUAACUAACUUAGUUAAUGAUGACUAUAUUGAUAUAAACAGAAACUAUACGACUUCGUCCUCAGUUCUCAUAUGUGAUUCAAUUUCCAAAAGUUACAAAGAAAUAGCGUUGUUUUUAAUUCAAGAAAAUAUAAAUCUUAACGUCUCAUGCGAGUUCGACCGUGCAAAUUUGGUGGUAAAGAAUAGAAAAUAUUUCGAAAGAAGAAAUAUAACUUUUACUCCUCCACUUCUUCUAGCAAUGUUCAAAGGGGAAACCAUAAUUUUUAAAAAGAUUCUUGAACAUAUAGAUCCGAACAAAAAGGAUUUAAAUGAGUUUGUACCAUUGUCUUAUGCUGCUUUUUUUGGUGACAUGGAAGAUAUAAAGCUUCUUGUAGGGAGAGGAGCUGAUGUAACGAUUCGUGACAAAAGUGAUUUUUAUACUCCCGCGCUAUGGGCUGCAAGUAGUCACCAAGUUAAAAAAACAAUAUAUUUUAUGCAUCAAAUAUACCAUAACGAGACUUUAAUGAAAUUAAUUUGCCAAUCGUUAUGCAAAGAUAUAUUUGAUGAUGUGGCAGGAGACAAAACAAAGUACGAAUCGACGUGUAAUGGUAUUUUCAAAGAAGUUAUAAGAAUAUGUGAAAAGUUUAAGGAUUCAACUCCUGAGGAAUUAAAAAUUUAUGUGGAGAACAAAGAGUACGAGGACGAAAAAUUAACACAAGGCUACAAACGACGUGCAAUAAAAGUUACGCGAAGUUAUCAUAAGUUUCAUGAAAAUAAAAACUUAUUACCAAAUUUGAGUACGCUGAAUGGUUCUACUGAUAACUCGAAGUUUAAAAGAUAUGCCCUCACUCAUGGAGACAUAAAUUCUGCUUUACUUUUAAUGGAUUUAUUUGUUCGCAAAUAUUCAAAUCAGAAGUACUCUAAUCAGAUCGAACGUGAAUCCCCUUUCGAACAAAGAUCUCUAGCUUUAAAAAUCACCCGAAAUCUGGAGCAAAUGAAGAAAUUAUUGACAAUCAAAGAAGAAGAAGAAGAGAUUGAUUUCUUUGAUGUGUAUUCGAAAUUGUUGAAAGCUAUCAGAUCAGGACAUGAAGAGAAAACUUUCGAUAUUGUAUGCUCUUUAAUGGAGGACUUUCUGUCGGUACAGCCUUCAAAACUACUCAGGGGAAUUUUUUCCACUACACUGAAAAUAAAGCUCGUGAAGCACAUGUUUAAUCCAAACCUUCCCAAACUCUUCAAUCAGUUGUGUAUUCAAUGAUUUGAUUUUUAUCAGUACUAAUUGCGAUUUCAUGGCUAAUGGUUGAAACAACUUAAGCAACUCACUCUAAAAUCAGUCAUGUUAUCGAUAAGUUAAUAUUGAUCAAUAAUAAGUAGAAUUCCAUUACUAACUGUUCUAACUAAUUAAGCAACUUACUCAAAUACUUUACCUGUUUUAAAAAUGAUUUAAAGUUGAAAUACUAUGAAUUUUAAUCACACGAGUAGUGGUUCUUCCUGCCAAAUCCCUUUAAUCAGUCGAGUUAUUAGUAAUAUAAUUUCAAUCAGUACUAAUUGUGAUUUAAUGACCAACGAUUCAAUCAACUUAUUAUGAUUCCAUGAUCCAAGAAUUCAAAUAAUGUCGGUUGUUGGCAAAAUUUCUAGUAGCCUGUUAAAAUUAUUCGCUCUUCCUCCAUUUAUAGUUCUUUUUCUGCUGAAUUUGAAAUUUUGUUGUAUACAUUCAUUCAUAAAAAUCAAAUACAUAAAUUAGGGAUGCUUAUUACAAAUGUAUGAAAUUCAUAUGACAGCAUGAUAAAAUAUAAAAUGUUAAGAAAGAAAUUUGAACAUAAAGAAAAUCUAUUAGGUUUCAAAGUAUUUUGUUUAUACAAUUAAAUUUUUAUAUUUUUUUAUAUUAUAUUUCAAAAUUUGCGAUUACGCGUAAAAAGGUUUAUCACCACGGUUUUAAUUUUUAUGCAAUUAUAUAACAUGAGACGCAAAUUCGAAAAAAAAAAACCUUUGUUUUGAAGAAUUUCACAGGAAAUUCCGAAAUCACGAAACUCGAAUUAACUUAAAAUUGCUCAAUUUCUGUGAAUAAAAUGUGUAGAAUGUGCUUCAUAGUAUUUGGCAAAAAAACUUGAAUCAAUUGCAUUUUUCUACUUUUUAAUAUGAUAUUAACACGUCUUUCAAAUCGCUCAUCUAAAUAAUUAUCUUUUGACGGGCUCAAUUUUUCACCGAUUUUAUCAUAAAUCUAUGUGGUUUUUAGCAAUUAUUAUAUAGAAUAUUAUUAUAGUAAUUAUUUAGAAAUUAUUAAUAGGAUACUAUUACGACAAGUGAAUUUCGAAUCUCACAUUUGGAUACAUUAUUGAUGCACGCUUAUGAUUUGUGUCUUGAAUUCAUGUUGUUAUUCAAAUUGCUUUUUCAGUGACUAUAUCCAUGAAUUUCGCCAUACUAUUUAAAAUUCCGGCAUUUUUAAUAAAAAACUAUUCAUAAAUCUAGAAUCGCGUACAUGAGUAAUUCACCUACUGAUUUUCAAACACGCUCCUUUGAGUUGGUAUUGAUUAAAUCGUAAAUUCAUGUGUUUUUCAAGGAUUGCCGUUAAAGAUUUCUACAUGUUUCCGUUUUCUUGCUGCAUUUAAUCAGAUAUUAUUACGCUGGUAAAUUUCGAAUCACACAUUUGAAUUAUAACUUUGACGCAAGCUUUCGAUUUUCGUCGUUAUCGCCAUCUUCGACGUUAACUCACAUUUUUUUAAAGCGGCAGUCAUACCCAUAGAUUUCUAAAUAAUUUUAAAAUUCCUCAUAUUUUUAAAUUGAAACUAUCAUGACUCAUAAAUCUCGAAUGGAGCAUAUGAGCAAUCAACUUUCGAUUACCUCAUAACCAGAAAUUUGAAGAAUACGCGCCAAUUCUCAGACAGAUUUUUUUACAAGUAUAUUUAUGGAUAAAAAUGUCAGUUAGCAAUUGAAAAGAUAAGAAUAUACUCGCCAAUUAAAAUUUGUAGUCGCCAAUGACGACAGUUUGGCCCUUUAUUUUUAACCCUGUCUAUGAUAUGAUUAUGAUUCCAUGGUUAAUGGUUUAAGCGACUUACACAAAUUCUCUAAUCAGUUUUGUUAUUAAUAGAUUGGUUUAACUCAAUACUAUACAGUGUUGCAAGUUAAGAAAAGACAAUUGAAGUAUAGGAUUUAGCAUUUAAGUAAUUUUCUGCGACUGCAUAUAAUCCCGUUUUAUUUUGUUAUGAACUUAGAAA